UGCAACAAAUGUCAUUUUAAUUCAAGUCCGGCCCAUGUCACUGAUUAAUUAGUGUCAUAUCUGAUAUGAAAGAGCCCAAUAACAAUAAAUAGCUCAUAAACAUCUUUGUUAGUCCGUUUAAAAAAAUGAAACUGUUAAUACUGGACACUCCAAGCGACGUUUCGGCGUGGUCUGCCAAAUAUGUCGCUAAAAGAAUUAACGAAUUUAACCCAGGUCCAGACAAGCACUUUGUCCUUGGCCUUCCGACAGGUGGUACCCCUCUUGGUAUGUACCGGAAGCUAAUCGACUUGUACAAAAAAGGAGAAGUGUCCUUUCGAUAUGUUGUAACGUUCAAUAUGGACGAAUAUGUUAAUCUACCGCGGGAUCACUGCCAAAGUUACCACUUCUUCAUGUUUGACAAUUUUUUCAAACAUAUAGACAUAGACCCGAAAAAUGUACAUAUUUUAGACGGAAAUGCACCCGAUUUGAUGAAGGAAUGCAAAAACUAUGAGAAGAAAAUUAAAGAGAUGGGAGGAGUCGACCUAUUCAUCGGAGGGAUUGGAACAGAUGGUCAUAUCGCCUUCAAUGAGCCGGGAUCAUCCUUGGUUUCCCGUACUCGAGUGAAGACUCUCACACAUGACACUCUAGAGGCCAAUGCUCGGUUUUUUGAUAACGACAUUUCCAAAGUCCCAAGAGAAGCCCUCACUGUUGGCGUCGGCACCGUCAUGGACGCCAGAGAGGUGAUGAUUUUGAUAACUGGAUCACAUAAAGCGUUUGCUUUGUACAAGGCCAUCGAAGAUGGGGUCAAUCACAUGUGGACUGUAUCCGCAUUUCAACUUCAUCCAAACACGUUAAUGGUUUGCGAUGAAGAUGCCACAAUGGAACUCAGAGUGAAGACCGUCAAAUAUUUUAAAGGGUUGAACCAUCAUCAACUUAACGAAACCGACAGCGUUGCUAGUAUCAGGAGUUGAAAACGAAUGGUCUAUUUUAUUGUUAUCCUAACUAAAUAAAAACUUUAAAGUGAAGAA